AUGUACCAUGAAACCACAUCGCGAUCUUUCAUAGAUCAACAUGCGCAUUACUACUACCACGCUGAAAUGGCCAAAAAGUACAACAUAGCGAUGGUCUGUGACUACUUCUACCCUCAGCCAGGAGGUGUGGAGUUCCACGUGUACCAUUUAUCCCAGAAACUUAUAGACUUGGGCCAUUCUGUUGUUAUAGUAACUCAUGACUACGGUUCACGAACUGGAGUCCGUAUGUUAACCAACGGUCUACGAGUUUACUAUUUGCCAUUUUUGCAAGUCUACAGAAGUACCACGUUCCCUUCCGUUUUCCUGCUAUUCCCAGUUCUACGAAACAUCUUUAUUAGAGAAGAGAUUGACAUUGUCCAUGGCCAUGGAUCAUUUUCCACGCUUGGCUGUGAAGCUAUAUUCCAUGGCAGAACCAUGGGCCUACGAACAGUCUUUACGGAUCACUCAUUGUUUGGCUUUGCUGACUUUCAGUCUGUUGUGGGUAACAAAGUCCUCAAGUUCACAUUGAGUGAUACAAGUCAUGUUAUCUGUGUGUCUCAUACAUGCAAAGAGAACACUUCACUUCGAGCAUCUCUCGAUCCUAUGGACGUGUCCGUUAUACCUAAUGCGGUGAUAUCCGCUGACUUUGCACCAAGUACUUCAUUGAAACGGGAUAAAUCUCGGAUCACAAUCGUGGUGAUAUCAAGACUCUUUCCUAAUAAGGGUGCAGACCUUCUUACGGCAAUUGUCCCUCGCAUCUGUGAAGCCAAACCGAAUGUCGACUUCCUCAUUGCUGGCGAUGGGCCCAAGUUCCUUGACUUGGAGCAGAUGCGUGAAAAGUACUUUCUUCAGGAAAGAGUGUCGUUAAUUGGUGCAGUGAAGCAUGAACAAGUUCGAGACGUCAUGGUUCAAGGCGAUAUUUACUUACACCCUUCUUUGACCGAAGCUUUUGGAACGGUUAUUGUGGAAGCCGCCUCUUGUGGAUUAUACGUGGUAACAACCAAGGUUGGUGGUAUUCCAGAAGUCCUCCCUCAUCAUAUGACCAGUUUUGCUGACCCCGAAGAAGAUUCGUUGGUCCUGGCGCUGUUGAAAGCAAUUGACUUAGUACUGCUGGGAGCUAUAGAUACUUCACAGUUUCAUAAUGAAGUUGCGAAGAUGUACAGUUGGGUUAACAUCGCCAACAGAACCCAGAAUGUUUACCAAUCACUCGAAUCUAAACCGUUGAACAAGCCAUUGCUAGAGAGAUUGAAGAAGUACUACUGCUGUGGAGUAAUCGCAGGAAAACUCUACGUCAUUUGCGUUAUCGUCGACAUUUUCAUUCUAAUAGUUUUGGAAUUUUUCUACCCAGCAGAUCACAUCGAUCGUGCAACAAAAUGGCCCAAGAACCCUAAGGCUUCUCUCAAAGACUCAGCUGAAAAGAAACAACAUAUUAAUGGUGCCUCAGACAAUGAAAUAGAUUCUUUGAGGCCAUAG